CUUUUCGUUUCUUCUUCUCCAACGCAUGUGAAACGUAGAUGAGAUCCCAAUUCACUCCAUUGAAGCCUUUUUAAGGGAUCCAACAACGCGUUUAAGGUUUCUCAGCAGGUUCACAUGGAGACUCUAUGGACUCUUUUGUAUCUGCUAGAACCUGCUCCAGCUACGCUCAUUCUCACAGCUGUCACCGUCACGUUCGCAUCUGCCUUCCGUGCACUUAACUACGCCAAAGAGAUGGAGAGAAACCGUGACUUCUCCGUAUCAUCCAUCACCCUAGACACCUCUCAGGCCUUGAUGAUCCCAGUCAUGAGUUCUUGCAGUUUGCUCCUCAUGUUCUAUCUCUUCUCUUCUGUUUCUCAGCUCCUCACCGCCUUCACAGCCGUCGCCUCGGUCUCAUCUCUCUUCUACUGGCUAUCACCGUACGCGUUGUACAUCAAGUCACAGCUUGGUCUCUCUGACCCCUUUCUCUCACGCUGCUGCUCGAAGUCCUUUACCAGAACGCAAGGACUGCUUCUUGUGGCUUGUGCAGUCACAGUAGUGGCGUGGCUGGUCUCUGGUCAUUGGGUGUUGAACAACCUGCUUGGGAUCUCUAUCUGUAUUGCUUUCGUCAGCCAUGUUCGUCUUCCUAAUAUCAAGAUAUGUGCUAUGCUGCUACUGUGUCUGUUUGUGUAUGACAUCUUCUGGGUGUUCUUCUCUGAGAGAUUCUUUGGUGCUAAUGUUAUGGUGACCGUGGCGACCCAGCAAGCGUCGAACCCGGUUCAUACAGUAGCCAACAGUUUGAAUCUUCCUGGACUGGAAUUGAUUACGAAGAAACUGGAACUGCCUGUUAAGAUAGUGUUUCCGAGGAACCUAUUGGGCGGUGUGGUGUCUGGUGUGAGUGCCUCAGAGUUCAUGAUGCUUGGUCUUGGUGACAUGGCUAUUCCUGCCAUGCUUUUGGCUUUGAUCCUCUGCUUUGACCAUAGGAAAAGUAGAGAUGUGGUGAAUCUUUUUGAUCUGAAAUCUUCCAAGGGGCACAAGUACAUAUGGUAUGCACUUCCUGGGUACGCCAUUGGCUUGGUCUCGGCUCUAGCUGCAGGUGUCUUGACCCACUCACCUCAGCCAGCUCUGUUUUAUCUGGUACCAUCUACGUUAGGACCCGUGAUCUUCGUGUCAUGGCGGAGAAAGGAUCUUGCGGAGCUGUGGGAAGGUUCAGCAUUGUCCAAUCCCAUUGAGAAAUCUCAUGAAAUAGAGAUCUGACUUUAUUAUAUCAACCAAAGAUAGCUCCGAAACAUAAAAACAAAAACACAAAGACGUUAGGAACCAUAUCAGUCAGAUCAGAUGUUCUUGUAUUCUCUAGACUAGAGUAUUAUAUCUCAUUUUAUUGCAUUUGUAUACCUUACAUGCAGCAAAAAUAUUCAAGGAAGUAAAAUAAACAUUUAAG